GCGCGUCGAGUCGCAUCGCAUCGAAUCGUUUUCGCUCCCGCUCCUCUCUCUUCCAGCCGGGUCUCGGUUAGCUCGAGCGGAUCUAAACUCCAGUCCGGGUCUGGGGCUCGGUCGCUUCGGGAAGGAAAAGGAUAAGCAAGCGCCAGGAGACGACUCGACUCGAGAGGAAAGGAGAAGAAGAGAGAAAGGAAGAGGCCGGGAGGAAAUAAAAAAGAGGAUAAGGGAAGGGAAGGGAGGCGACUCGAACCCGGUGACCACCGCGCGCGCCCGCGCUCUCCAGAUCCGCCCUUCGCCCGCGCAGAUCCAGCUCGCCGGCGCGCCCACGUGAGGUGACGGCCUCCUCGCCCCCCGGAUCCCAGCCUCGGGUUUCCUUCGCUUCAGAUCCUGCUUCCAGAUCUCUGACUCGCUGGCGCCUGGUAACAUGACACCAACGGUCCUCAUGGAGUGUGGGCCGCAGAGGCAGAUUAAACGUGGCUAUGAUGAAAUGACCUGCCGGGGUGUAGCAGCAGCUCCACCCCGUGGGUAUGCGGAGACUGUGGGUGAGUCAGGGAGCCCUGUUCGUGUGGACUCUGAAGACUCAUCUGCGCCAAAACGUAAGUGCAUCAGCCUCAACAGCGAUGGCUUUGAUGUGAAGCGGGAGAUCUUCGUCCCAUCCAAGAUGUCGUCCUCCGAGAGGCGCUAUCUGCGGAAGAGAUUCCGGGCAGAGCUGGAUUCGGUUCGAGAUCUCCUAAAGAAGCCAGAGUUUUUGGUCACUAUGCCUGCAAGCAGAGCUCCUGCAUUCUCAUCCUCGGCUGCCCCUCGGCCUAAGAAAGUGCAGCGGGGAAGCCAUGUUGUCCGUGGUGCAAAGGGACGGUUCUUGCCAACAAAACCCCGGCCUGAAACAACCACGGUGUUGCCUGAGGCUGCAGUUCUGAAGCAGUGUGAAGCUAUUCUGAAGAAGCUUAUGACUCAGAAAUAUAGUCAUAUUUUUAAUGUUCCAGUAGAUGUUGAAAAGCUGAAUAUUCCAGAUUAUAAUGACAUUGUCAAGCAUCCGAUGGACCUUGGCACCAUCAAAAAGAAGCUUGACUCUGGUUCCUACACAAGUCCAUCUAGUUUUGCAGCUGAUGUUAGGCUGACUUUUAACAAUGCAAUCACUUAUAAUCCUCGAGGGCAUGCAGUGCAUGAUAUGGCCAUUCAACUGAAUAAAAUUUUUGAGUCUAGAUGGAAGACAGUUGAGAAGAAGUUAGCUUCUGCCACUGCUGAUCCACACGUUGAGGUUGACAGGGCUGACUCAAAGAGGAGAAAGACUCCUCCUGUGGAUUGCAGUGAUUUGUCAAUGGAGUGUGUCAGGCCAACUGAGAUUGUGAAGCCGACGAUGACAUUUGAGGAGAAAGAGUCCUUUGGAAACUGCUUGGCUUCUUUGUCAGAGGAUCCUGAAUUACCUGGUUACAUCAUUGAUUUAUUACAGCAGUGCAUUGACAGCAGCAAUACAGAUCACCUUGGGGAUGGAGAGAUAGAGAUUGAUAUACAUGCACUGAGUGAUGACAUACUACUUGAGCUGAAGAAGCAAGUGGGCAAGUAUUUGCAAGAGAGAGAUAACCAGCCAACAAAAUCUGAGCCUUCUGAGAACGAGGCUGUGAAUGUGUCUGGCCUCAGUCACUCGUCCACAAAUCCCUGCAAAGGUGGUGAGCCUGUUGAGGAGGAUGUGGAUAUUUGUGGCAAUGCAUCGCCUAUAUUGAUAGAGAAGGAUUCACAGAUCAAAGCUAGUAAAUGUGGUAGCCCAAGUAGUUCCAGCAGUGAUUCAGGAUCUUCUUCCAGCGAUUCUGACUCGGGCAGUGACAGUGAAAGUGAAUCAGAAAAAGUUGGUAGCCCAACAAAGCUUGUGAAGGGUAUUAAGAUACCUGAACAACCUGCAGAGCAAGAAAAGAGUGAUGUUAUUAGCCCCAUCGAUGCUAACCACACUGCUGCUGAUGUGGAACUCCGUGAGCAGGACAGUGAGUCCAAGGCUGCACCAGAGGGGGAGAAUGCAAAACCCGACAGGGAAGUCUCCCCGGACAAGCUCUUACGAGCAGCUGUUUUGAGGGGUCGUUAUGCUGACGUUAUCGUCAAAGCUCGUGGUAUUCUCAGCCAGGGCGGAGAUAAACAUGAGGAAUUGGAGAAACUUCAAAAGGAAGAGAAAGAACGGCUUUUGGCUGAAGGUAAUGCAGCUAUGGAAGCUCGUAAAGCUGAAGCUGAAGCUGAAUCUAAGCGUAAAAGGGACCUUGAAAGGGAGAAAGCUCGUCAGGCCUUGCAGGAGGCAAGUGAAAAAAACUGCAUUUCUGGUAGUCGGAAACUCUCCUUUUGCCUUCUAAAUGUUACUUUAAACCUAAUGCAGAUGGAGAAAACUGUUGAAAUUAAUGACAACGUCUAUCCCAAGGAGCUAGAAAUGCUUGGCACGGCGACCACAGAACAUAUUGUGAGCUCUGUUGAUGAGACAAGUCCUGAGCACUCCCAGGAUGGUAUGCCCAGUUUUCUUCCUGGUUCUGGCAGCAUGUUGGAAAAACUUGGACUAUUUAUGAAAGUGGAUGAGGAGGAAGAGGAAGAAGAGCCAAACAGCAUUCCCAGCAGUAAAGAUGCAGAGGAAGGAGAGAUCAACUGAUGUAUGUCCGUCCUUAUGUUACGUGAAGUCGAGAGGAAGCUCAUCUUUUGGUCAGACGGAAUAGUCGCAUAUUUCAGCCAACGCGCAUGGGGCGGUUGCUGGCUAGUUGCACAUGGCAGACAUUGUCCCCAAAGAAAGCCCUCAAUUUUGAUGCCGCUGGACGCGAUGUGCUUGCAGGAUGGGACUCGUUCCCUUGAUGGAGGAUGCAGAUUGAGGCCACCCUGUACAGUUGCAAAUGAAAAUGUGCUUGUGAGGCUGGACAAAGGAGGUCAUCACCCAGAUGAAUUCCUUGCAGAGUCAAGAUGUCCAUGCGAGCUGUUGUCGGGUGUAUUUGUCCGAUCAAGCUCAUGUCAUGCCUUGGAAAAUGGAACACAAGGACCAAAUGGUUCCAGUGACAGCCACUGUUAUCCCAGUGGUUUUCCCCUAGCGGCUAAUUCUUUGCUAAGCAGCUUAUAGCUUUUCUCUUGUCUCUGAUUUAGGUUUGGACUAUUUGAUAGCUUCUUCCUGCUGUAAAUUCAAAUUUUGAUGUAGUCGAAGAAGUGUUUAGUUGUUUGCUAUUUGUCGGCUCCUGCAGUUCUUGGACUGUAACAGAAAGCAAAAAAAAAAGGGUUACACAUCUUUUAGGGCAAAUGUGCUUCCUGUUCUUAUAAAAAGGUUAUGUGCAUUCAGGAUGAGCCCAUUCAUCUCUAA